UGACACUUUUCCACCAAUCCACGACGGGGAAUAAAUAAACAUGGCAUUGACAGUUACAACUGGUAAUUCGAAAGGCGGUCGGAUGCGCUGCUGUCUUGCACCGAGCGCGGCGAGUAGUCUGACUCGGACUGCAUGUAGAGCCCGCUGGCGUUCGAGGACGCGGCGGAUCUGAACGACAUCGAGUUGUUGUAGUUGCCGGCAUACGAGUCGUUGUCAUCGUUCUCCAUGACACUGUGAGACUGGCGGGGGCUGCGACUAUAACUCAAGUCAUGAUCACUGUCCUUGGUUCGAGCAUCGAAGUGAGGCGCUGGCCGUCUCUCGGUGCUCUGGUUCCCGCGUUGCGUGUACUGGUAGCUUGCAAAGCUGGAGCUGGACUCUCCCGUGAGAAAGAUGUCAGGUACUUCGUUCUGCAGUGUCAACUCGUCGCUGGGACACCGCGCGACAAUCGGUGCCACAUCAUCUUCGUCUUCGCAGGCGGGCAUGAGCGCCGUAACGACCGGCAUCUGGCUUUUCCGGCUCGGCGAUCGCCACGUAAAGAACAUCGAGUCCAUUUCGACCUGCGCGGCGGAUGCUUCGACUGCUCCCGGAACGUUCGCCGCCGGACGCGAGUCGUCGUCGGUCGUGCUCGGAUGCGACUGCGCGUCUUUCUCGGAAAAACUGUCGUCGAAAUCGUCGUAGUCAUCUUCUUCCUCUUGACGGCGCCGCACGAGCCACACGGCUCCGAGGAGAAGGCCGAUCCCGACAAUGAUCGCGGCAACGGUCAUGAUCCAUCCGACGGUGUUGGACCCUCCCGAUUCGGUCGAGGCAGUGGACACAUGAGAUGGAGUCGUCGCGCGAGGCUGGUCCACAGUUCCGGGAAAGGACGGCGUUACCUCUGGGAUAACGACGUCGCCGGCGCUGGGGUCAAUGAUUACGACAUCGGGGGACGCGAUGGUUGCUGGCAUCGAUGGGGGAGGUGGAGUGGGAGUCAUUGUCGACGAAUCGGACGAGGGCGAGGGUGUAGUGACAGUAGUCGACGGUGGCGGCGGGGUGGUCGUCGUAGGAUCUGGAGAUCGUGUGGUGGUAGUUGUUGUAGGCGCAAUUGUUGCAGAAGCUUUUUUCGUGGUUGUGGGGUGAGGUGUAGUUGUAGUCUUCGGUGGUGGCGAUGACGGAGGUGCAGUUGUUGGAGUAGGCGUGGGUGACGCAGUCGAUGGGACAGGAGUUGUGGUCGGGAUGGGCGUUACCACGGGGGUACCUGUGGGAGGCUGUGUGGUCGUGGGAGGCGGUGUGAUGGUGGGAGGUGCAGUGGUGACAACUGCCGAGGGUAUGGUGGUGUUGGGCUGUGCAUGAUACCCUUGCAGGGUGAGCAGUAGUAUUGCGAGGACGCUCCUCCGCAUCGUGCUCCGUGGCGAUGGAGUGAAAAUGGAGCACUCGAUGUUGCCA